CUCGACUGGCCCAGGGAUGACUUCGUCGCUGCGGUGGCCCCGGCGGGUGCCCUCGCUGCUGUGGACCGUCCUGCUGGUCAGCGCUGCGGCCGCUUCUCAGAAUCAAGAACGUCUGUGUGCAUUUAAAGAUCCAUAUCAGCAAGACCUUGGAAUAGGUGAGAGUCGAAUCUCUCAUGAAAAUGGAACAAUAUUAUGCUCAAAAGGUAGCACCUGCUAUGGCCUUUGGGAGAAAUCAAAAGGGGACAUAAAUCUGGUAAAACAAGGAUGUUGGUCUCACAUUGGAGAUCCCCAGGAGUGUCACUAUGAAGAAUGUGUAGUAACUACCACCCCACCCUCCAUUCAGAAUGGAACAUAUCGUUUCUGCUGCUGUAGCACAGAUUUGUGUAAUGUCAACUUUACUGAGAAUUUUCCACCUCCAGACACAACACCACUCAGUCCACCUCAUUCAUUUAACCAAGAUGAGACAAUAAUCAUUGCUCUGGCAUCAGUUUCUGUAUUAGCUGUUUUGAUAGUUGCCUUAUGCUUUGGAUACAGGAUGCUGACAGGAGAUCGUAAACAAGGUCUUCACAGUAUGAACAUGAUGGAGGCAGCGGCAUCAGAGCCCUCUCUCGACCUGGAUAAUCUGAAACUGUUGGAGCUGAUUGGCCGUGGUCGAUAUGGAUCUGUAUAUAAAGGUUCCUUAGAUGAACGUCCAGUUGCUGUAAAGGUGUUUUCCUUUGCAAACCGCCAGAAUUUUAUCAAUGAGAAGAGUAUUUACAGAGUGCCUUUGAUGGAACAUGACAACAUUGCUCGCUUUAUAGUUGGAGAUGAGAGAGUUACUGCUGAUGGACGCAUGGAGUAUUUGCUUGUGAUGGAGUAUUAUCCCAAUGGAUCUCUAUGCAAGUAUUUAAGCCUCCAUACAAGUGACUGGGUAAGCUCUUGCCGCCUGGCUCAUUCUGUGACUAGAGGACUGGCUUAUCUUCAUACAGAAUUACCUCGAGGAGAUCACUAUAAACCUGCAAUUUCCCAUCGCGAUUUAAAUAGCAGAAAUGUUCUGGUGAAAAAUGAUGGGACCUGUGUUAUUAGUGACUUUGGGCUGUCCAUGAGACUGACUGGAAAUAGAUUGGUGCGCCCAGGGGAGGAAGAUAAUGCAGCCAUAAGUGAGGUUGGCACAAUCAGAUACAUGGCACCAGAAGUUCUAGAAGGAGCUGUGAACCUGAGGGACUGUGAAUCAGCUUUGAAACAAGUAGACAUGUAUGCACUUGGACUAAUCUAUUGGGAGAUAUUUAUGAGAUGUACAGAUCUCUUCCCAGGUGAAUCUGUACCAGAAUACCAGAUGGCUUUUCAGACAGAGGUUGGAAAUCAUCCCACUUUUGAAGAUAUGCAGGUUCUGGUGUCUAGAGAAAAACAGAGACCCAAGUUCCCAGAAGCUUGGAAAGAAAAUAGCCUGGCAGUGAGGUCACUCAAGGAGACAAUCGAAGACUGUUGGGACCAGGAUGCAGAGGCUCGGCUUACUGCACAGUGUGCUGAGGAGAGGAUGGCUGAACUUAUGAUGAUAUGGGAAAGAAACAAAUCUGUGAGCCCAACAGUCAAUCCCAUGUCUACUGCUAUGCAGAAUGAGCGCAACCUAUCCCACAACAGGCGUGUGCCAAAGAUUGGCCCUUAUCCAGAUUAUUCUUCUUCCUCAUACAUUGAAGACUCGAUCCAUCACACUGACAGCAUUGUGAAGAAUAUCUCCUCUGAGCAUUCAAUGUCCAGCACACCUUUGACUUUAGGGGAAAAGAACCGAAAUUCAAUUAACUAUGAACGGCAGCAAGCACAAGCUCGAAUCCCCAGCCCUGAAACAAGUGUCACCAGCUUGUCUACCAACACUACAACCACAAACACCACUGGCCUCACUCCAAGCACCGGCAUGACCACUAUAUCUGAGAUGCCAUACUCAGAUGAAGCAAAUCUGCAUGCCACAAAUGUCUCACAGCCAAUCGGGCCAACCCCCGUCUGCUUACAACUGACAGAAGAAGACUUGGAGACCAACAAGCUGGACCCAAAAGAAGUUGAUAAAAACCUCAAAGAAAGUUCUGAUGAGAAUCUCAUGGAACAUUCUCUUAAACAGUUUAGUGGGCCAGAUCCCCUGAGCAGUACCAGUUCUAGCUUGCUUUACCCACUCAUAAAGCUUGCAGUAGAAGUGACAGGACAGCAGGACUUCGCACAGGCUGCAAAUGGCCAAGCAUGUUUAAUUCCUGAUGUCCCACCCGCUCAGAUCUAUCCUCUCCCCAAGCAACAGAACCUUCCUAAGAGACCUACUAGUUUGCCUUUGAACACCAAAAAUUCAACAAAGGAGCCCCGGCUGAAAUUUGGCAGCAAGCACAAAUCAAACUUGAAACAAGUAGAAACUGGAGUUGCCAAGAUGAAUACAAUCAAUGCUGCAGAACCUCAUGUGGUGACGGUCACCAUGAAUGGUGUGGCAGGUAGAAACCACAGCAUUAACUCUCAUGCUGCCACUACCCAGUAUGUCAAUGGGGUAGUUCCGUCUGGCCAGACAGCCAACACAGUGGCACAUAGAACCCAAGAAAUGCUGCAGAAUCAAUUCAUUGGUGAGGACACCCGGCUGAAUAUUAAUUCCAGUCCUGAUGAGCAUGAACCAUUACUGAGACGAGAGCAACAGGCUGGCCAUGAUGAAGGUGUUCUGGAUCGUCUGGUGGACAGGAGGGAACGACCACUGGAAGGCGGCCGAACUAAUUCCAAUAACAACAACAGCAAUCCAUGUUCAGAGCAAGAAGGUCUUACACAGGGUGUUCCAAGCACAGUAGCAGACCCUGCACCGUCAAAGCCCAGAAGAGCACAGAGGCCUAAUUCUCUGGAUCUUUCAGCCACAAAUGUCCUUGAUGGCAGCAGUUUGCAGUUAGGUGAAUCAACACAAGAUGGCAAAUCAGGGUCGGGUGAAAAGAUCAAGAAACGUGUGAAAACUCCCUAUUCUCUUAAGCGGUGGCGCCCGUCCACCUGGGUCAUCUCCACUGAACCAAUGGACUGUGAGGUCAACAACAAUGGCAAAGACAGGGCAGUUCAUUCCAAAUCCAGCACUGCGGUUUACCUUGCAGAAGGAGGCACUGCCACAACAAUGGUGUCUAAAGAUAUAGGAAUGAACUGUCUGUGAA